CACAAACUUCAGCACACGGCUUCACAUUUCCUAGGCCAAUCCAUCUUGCCAAAUAGCACGACCAUCAAUCCAGGUAACUGAUUCUCAAUCAGUAAACCUUCGAUUCGUAUCGAUUGCCGGUAUUGAACGGGUAUUUAGCGCCAAUCACAUCAUUCACUUUUCCAGCAAAUGCGAUCCUAGCCCAAAACACUCGAGCGACAUACGUCAAAGAUUGGCCAUACAACAUCAAUCUUUUCAGUCCAAGAAACUUUCUGGAAAACCUUACUGCUCCCUUGCCAACCUUGCCACAUGUUUUGAUGCUCUUCAGCUUGCACUUUAAAAGGAUCCAAUUUUAUGCGAAUCCAUAUACCUUCUCAACUAUCAUCGUCUUUCUCCAUCCCUUCUCUCGGUUUUUCCUCAAGUAAUUUGAUCUAGCAAAUACAUCGUCACUCCCCCUUCUUUUCCCCUUUGCCGCUGGUGCUGGCUCAUUGCACACCAUGUCCCGGCCAUUCCAUUCAAUGUCAAAUCAUCAUCAAUCUUCGGCAUCAAAAGGAUCAAAGGACACAAGUCAGAAUGAGUAUGGGCCAUCUUCAGUUCAAUUCCCCAAACCCGCUCAUGCGAGACAGCCGUUUGGUAACAAGAAUACGGCAAACUCACCUUACAAAAUAACAACAGAGGAAGUUGAAAUGAUCUCCAAUGACGGAACAAAGAAGAAAUCUCCCAUUCUUACCAAAGAGCCGCCAAAUCCGAAAGCAAAUACUCCCAAAGUGAGCACAGGACGCCAGGAAGGCAGUGCUCCAACGAAGACUGCUUCUCCAGGUAGCAGACAUCAAUCAUCGCUUCCGCACAGCAACAGAUACCUAGCACCAUUGAGCGGCAGUCAAAAUAUUUAUGGAAGAUAUGGAGCCAGCGCGUAUGCUGCUCAUGCUCCUUCACCUUUGAGUCAUAAUCAACAUCAACAAACCGAAGAGCAGGAAAAUGAAGAAGAGAUUCCGCAGAAGCGAUCAACAGCUGGCGAGUCAGCCCUCCUAUCUCCAAGUGCUGUCAAAACGCCACGAAAGAGGGCGAUCCCUUUGGAGGAUGUGCAUGCUCGUAAUAUUGUUGGACGUAAUACCUUUGAAAAUGCCAAAAGCCCUAAUCCUCACAAGAGAAGCAAGUCUUCUCACAACGGUAGUAGUACGGCUGGCGGCAGUACGAGCACAAGUCUUGGUAUUUCUGCUGCGAUUGAUGAAGUCCAUCUUGAGGAGAGUAGUACGGCUGAAUCAAUCCCUUCCACAAAUAGAGCAUCUCUCAAAGACAAGAAACCCGCAACAUCUACGGUUGCCAAGACGAUACGAAUUGACAAGCAAUCCCGCAUCUCACCUAGUGAUCGUAUCAAACGGGAAGAAAACAAAUCGCUAAGCACGAUGGAAUGGCGCAAGAAAUUCUUGCGUGCCUUUCCCUCCUUUCGUUUCUAUCUCGAUGGUUUUGACCAAGCAACGAAAGUGGAUGUAUCCAAUACCAUCGCAUAUUUCGGAGGUCAACUGGAACCUUUCUUCUCUAACACAGUCACACAUUUGGUCACUCAACGUAAGUUCAGUAUACCUCUGGUGGACGAACAAGGUGAAGUGAUUGGAACGCAAGGUGAAUCGCUUGUGCACACCGAAAGUGCGACAAGUGCAUCAGCCUCGGGCCGUUCUUUGAUGGGUGCUGGUCGUUUCUCGAGAUUGCCAACACUGCGAAAGAAGAAUGCCAAUGUGCCUCUACAUUCAGAAAGAAAUCCUUUUGAUGAAAUGGGGCCUCCCGUAUCUGCCAAUGAUAUUCUUGUCAAAGCCAAGAAUUUUGGAAUCAAGGUGUGGACGUUUGAGAAAUUCAAGACAGUGAUGUCAGGCUUGAAGGGAGAACAUACGGUAGACAGCAAAAAGCAGCCAAAUCUUUCGCAAAUGUUGGCGAAAGAAAAGGUGUACGGCACACAAGAGCGUGAUCCGAAAGCAGCACGAUCCGAUUAUCACUACUUCUCCCGCAAUUCAAUUUACUUAUUGGUCGAAGACGCAACGGCUGAACAUAGGCCAAUUAUGGCACAAGAGUGGCGCAAACCAGCUCGUGAGGAUGAAGAAGUGCCAUGGCCAGUCUUGUAUGGUGAAUUGGAAGGUCGUUGUCCAUUCACCCGCUUUCAACUUGCUGAAGGCCAUCAACAACGAACACGACCGAACAGAUUCGAGACGUUGCAACGAUCAGUCUCACUCAAUCAUGUUCGAAAGCAGAAUCGUAAUGCAAGCUUGAGUCCUGCGCCUUCAAAUGACAGCCGCAGUCGUUACACUAUUGCUCGAGGUGCAAGUCCAUAUCCUCUUGCCAGUGGUAAUAGCGUUAGCAUUGCAUCUACCAACCUUACCAGCACAACAUCUGCAGCACCAAGUCAUAGUGCCAAUGCAUUAGGAUUAAUGUCUCCCUUCCAUCCUUUAGGUCGCAAAGCACACCAAGCAACUGCGAUCGGAAUGGGCAGACCUUCAUCUUUGCCACGCAGCUUUGGUCAACAUUUCCCUGACCCAGCUCAACAGCAAGACCAAGCUCGGGUAUCAAUAGUCAAUCGAAUGCUGGGCAUCACGGAUACUCGUUCUGCAAGUGAAUUAACAAAAGCAAAGAAGAGUAUGAAUCCGAUCUCUCGAACGAUUGCGCAAACGGGUGGCAUGCGCCGAUCUGCCAGUACGGGAACAAGAUUGCAAGAGUAUCAAAGAGAGAAACGUCCGGGAUACUGUGAAAAUUGUCGACAGAAAUACGAAGACUUUGAUGAUCACGUUUUGAGUAAGCGACAUCGAAAAUUCGCACAAGAUGACGGCAACUUUGACAAGAUUGACGAGCUUCUCUUGCGAGUGUUGCGACCGAUUGCAACAUGGGCCCUACGUAUCUCCACAAACGUUGGCGGUGUGAAUAACGAGAAUGAUCAGAAUAUGGGAGAUGAAUUUAUCGAAGAACCGUUUUCUGACAUUGAUAGCGAGCAAAGUCCUGAGGAGAAACAUGGCUCACCUGGAAGCCGCGUUUCGCGAGAGCAAAGCGUACAUCGUACACCACAAAUGUUGAAUGACGUUGUUCAAUCAUGGCAACGUGAGGCAGCCAACACAACAGGAGACGACAUUGAUCAAGAAGAUCAAGAUCUGAUAGAGCUGGAAAGACAUGUGGCCGAAGCAGCGGCUGCUUUCCGUAUUCGAACGGGAGUCGAUCAGCAUCGUUCACCACAAUAUGGUACCGAUGUUGGAGAGGACACGGUUGGUACAUCACCCAAUGCACCUAGUUACGGAAUUGGAGUGGGAACUGGCGGCAUGGAUGACAGCAUGACGACAACGAUCAGCCCACAUACGAGUCCACAAAUGAAGCAUCGUGAGGUGCAUCAAAAUCAGCAUGAAAAUGAUAUUGCAAGCCAUCAUUAUCACACUACAAUUCAUCAACAAGAUGAAUUCGGAACACACACUUGAACCGGAAAUGAAAAGAUUCAGUCAAUAAUAAUUGCACCUAUCAACAUACCUACAUAAGCAUCAUUAUUCUCACGUCUCUUUAUAAUUCUACAUAUCUUCAUAUCUCACGCAAUCCUUCCUCUCGCACACAAAACACCGUCUCGAGUACUACCUACCUAGCAUUUGUACCAUCUUUGCAUUGACUUUUUCCCAUACCAUUCUGUGUAACCUAUCGUUGUUUACGCAAUCAUCUAACAUUCAAUUAUCAAAAAUAGUGG